AUGUCUUCCCCAGCUCCCCCAGGUGGUCAAAGAACCCUACAGAAAAGAAGAGCAGCUCAAUCAGCUAAGGAUAAGCAAGCGAAGCAAACUCCUGCAUCUACAAGACAAGCAGGAUUUGGAGGAUCAUCUAGUAGUAUCCUAAAAUUGUAUACUGAUGAAGCUAAUGGUUUGAGGGUUGAUCCACUAGUGGUGCUAUUUAUGGCUGUGGGGUUCAUCUUUUCUGUGAUUAUAUUGCACGUCAUAGCCAAAGUACCUGGAAAGCUAUUUUAG